CUCACCUCUCAAGACAGGUGGCAGACUUUUGCCAUGAAAACAGAGAUUACUGCGAUACGGAUCAUCAUAAUUCAUUUCUUUUUUAAUUUUCUUUAAUUAAAAAGUCUUUGUAAUCGCCAAGGUGUAAGAUAUUGUGUCAUUAUUGUGAUUUCUAGAAGGAAGAGCAGACGUAACCGCAGACGCAGUGCCAAAAUUUGAUGCCUGCACUUCUUGCUAAAAGCUACAAUAAUGGAAGGCAAAGACGAGGUGUUUUUGACCCCAGCAACCCUUGAGCUGGAUGAGUCAGACGGGGUCAAGGUGGAGGUCAAGUUGGAAGAAAAGCCCGAACCGUGGCUCGAAACUUCGACCUGCUCUUCUCAGGCAGAAUUGGUCCCUCCAGAAGAGGACGAAAAUGAACCUUCAGGAAUCAUUCUUGAAUCGCACAGGAAGAUUUUUGCGCAGACAGUCGUCCCAUUUUUCAUAGCAGGGAUGGGCAUGGUCGGCGCCGGCGUUUUGCUCAACAUUGUCCAGCACUGGACGGUUUUUGAGCAACUCCCAGAAGUGCUGAUUUUGGUUCCUCCACUUCUCGGCCUCAAAGGAAACCUCGAGAUGACCCUGGCGUCCCGCAUGUCCACGGCAGCAAACACGGGACACCUGGACACUCGCAAGGGCAAAAUUGACCUUGUUUUCGGCAACAUGGCUUUGCUGCAGGUGCAAUCCAUUUUGGUCGGACUUUUGGCGGCCGUCGUCGCUUUUGUGUUCGACAUCGAGUUGACGCAGGCAGUAAAUUGGAACCAUUUACUUCUGCUUAGCGCGUGUGGAAUGGUCACGGCUUCACUUGCAAGUUUAAUUCUAGGAUCGAUUACGGCCAGUGUGAUACUUUUGUCAAAAAUGUGGCACUUGAACCCCGACAACAUAGCGACCCCCAUCGCAGGGGCCCUCGGGGACAUGACGGCCCUUACCAUUCUGUCCAUCUCUGCAUCAGCGUUUUAUCAAAUUCUUGAAACGGACGCCUGGGUUUUUCCGGUAAUUUGCGCCGCUCUUCUCUUAACCCUGCCGCCUCUGGUAAUUGUGGCGAAGCGAUAUGAGAGCACAAGAGAAGUUCUUUUCCACGGAUGGACACCCAUAAUAGUUGCAAUGCUCAUCCAAGUGUGUGCCGGAUUAAUUUUGGACAUAAUUGUGGCUCGAUCGAAAGACGUUGCGAUUUUCCAGCCGGUUGUAAACGGGGUUGCUGGCAACCUUGUGGCCAUUCAGGCGAGCAAAAUGUCUACUUAUCUUCAUCAGUGUGCCAAAAUUGGCGCCCUUCCGACGGGAAUGCGGAUUUGUCUCAGCCCCAUAACUGUCUUCUUUUCAAAACUGCAACUUUCGCGAACGGCGCGAGUUCUGAUGGCUCUGGUGAUUCCUGGCCACUUGAUUUUUGCCUUCACAAUCAGUUUCGCUGAAAAGCACGGCACAAAUCUCAGCGCCGUGUUCCUCGCUUUUUACCUGAUCGCCGUUUUCAUUCAGGUCAGCAUCGUGAUUUACCUGGCCAGCGUUCUGACGCACUUUUUCUGGACCCGCGGAAAAGAUCCUGACAACAAUUGCAUCCCAUACAUGACUGCCACGGGUGACUUUCUGGGCAUUCUUUUCAUGGGAUUCGUUUUCGAGCUGCUCAGGGUGAUGGGGAUUCCCACUUGAUUCCAGUAUUGACACAAUAAUAUGGCUGUGAUGUGUAAAGUUGUUUGAAUUUACAUUAAUAAAAUUCAUUUUAAAAUUGA